AUGCUGACUGUCAGCAGUACAGUUUGGUGUCUGGUGGACCUAUCAUCAGAACAGCUGUGGAAGCCUACCAUGAUGUUGAGUUUGGUUCUGCUAGUUGCCUUUGCAACUCUGACGAUAGUGUCAACACAUCCGGAUACGUCUGACGAUACAUGUCCCUACGGCUGGUUUGUCCAUGUCCAUUCUUACAAAAUUAACGAGAUCGAUUAUGUGACUGAAAAGCAGCUGAAUGGCGAUUUUGCUCGAUUUAAAAUGGUGGCGGAUAUCGAGGCGUAUAAAUUCUUGUUCGUUCGAGGCCAACUAUGGGCACUUGAAGACAUUGAGCCUGCACCAAAGGAACCAAUAACACUGCGGAGCACAUGUAAAACAAAAUCUGAGUUACUUUAUGGUUUUUGGGAAAGUUCAGCUACGUUUUGCUACAUUGUCCUGCCAGGCCUUCAGAAUGUCCGGAGAGCAAAAUGUGACAAUGAUGCUGCGUGCUGCGGUCCUACAACAGUCUGUUACGAAGAUGGCUGGGCAAGAUAUCGUUAUUGGGUUUAUUGUGCGCACUUUACCAGUCCUUUCAACGGAUAUUUCUAUCUCCGGUAUGACACGUUUCCUCAGUGCUGUACAUGCAGAAGAUGUGACAAAUGCUUAUCUAUGCAUUAG